ACACACACACACACACACACACACACGGCCGUCAAAUAUAAGGGUGACUAAAAAUUAUUGACAAAUGCAAGGAGUAGAGCAGCAUAUACCCGCCCUCACAUUAACGAGAUUGGUCUGCAGCUUGAUUGACUGAGCUCCGAGCCAAUGGGAGCUGAGUAACACGUUUCGUGGUAACCCCCUACUUUCGGGAAUCUUUAGUCGCUUGAUAGGAAAGGUUUGUUCAGCUCGGUACACUGACCGGACGUAAUGUCUCUGAUGAAACUAAAGACUUUGACCGGGAAAUAUUACUUAUACACGCGAGAUUAAUCAAGAAUUCGUCGUCCCAGAGUACGGAGAGGUUUUCCCUUGGUUUGGUGAUGAUUGGAAACGGACGGGAGUAACUUUAUUCUGCCUGUGUCUGAAUGCCAAAGUUAGUAGUCAUGGAGCUGGGCAGGCAGCUGUGUGGGAAGAUGAAGAAACAGAAGAAAGUGGAGUUGGCCGUCCCUGCCAUCAUGAAAGGCCUUGAGAUCCACUUCUACCUGCCUGACGCUCACCAACUUGAGUACUUUAAAGGCUGCCACACUGCUGAGGACUUGUGUGUUGAGGCUGCCAAGAGAUGCCGUAUUUCACCUCUGUGCCAUAACCUGUUUGCCCUGUAUGAAGAGAGUCAGGAGCUGUGGUAUGCACCCAAUCAUACCUUUAAGAUCACCGAUGAUACCUGUAUUAAGCUUCACUAUCGCAUGAGGUUUUAUUUCACAAACUGGCACGGGACGUCUGAGAGCGAGUCUCCUGUAUGGCGCCAUUCUUUAAGCAAACAGAAGGGAACGAAAGGCCCCGAGGGAACUCCACUGCUGGAUGCCGCCUCCCUCGACUACCUGUUUGCUCAGGGACAGUACGAUUUUCUGAGGGGACUGGCGCCGGUGCGCGUCCACCAGUCCGAAGCGGAGCUCCACGAGAUAGAGAACGAGUGCCUGGGUAUGGCGGUCCUCGCCAUAACUCAUCAUGCCAAGAGCAACAACCUGCCACUGUCGGGAUCCGGGGCUGAAACCAGCUACAAGCGUUUUAUCCCUGAGAGCCUCAACCGCACCAUUAAGCAGCGCAGCUUCCUGACUCGCAUGCGCAUCAGCAACGUUUUCAAGAACUUCCUUAAUGAGUUCAACAGCAAGACCAUUCGGGACAGUAACAUCACGCUGUACGACCUGAAGGUGAAGUACCUCUCCACGCUGGAGACGCUGACAUGGGGCAUGGGCCGCGAAACGGUGGAAACGAAAAGCCUGCGCGUGUUCGGGGAGGGCGAGAUCUCGCCCGCGCACACGCCCAGCAUGGGGGAUGAGGGACAGGUUUACGAAGUGCAGGUGUGUGGGACGACUGGCAUCUCAUGGAGGAAGAAGCUUCAGCAGAAUGGUUUCACCUUCAAAGACAAAAGUAAAUCCCGGAAGACAAAGACUGACUGCAAACAGAAGAACGACAAAAAGAAUGACGCCAGCAAUGGAUGGAUCCUCUUCUCUGACUUUUAUGAAAUCACUCAUAUUGUUACAAAAGAGUCCAGCGUUACCAUAUACAGACAGGACAACAAAACCUUGGAGCUGAAGUUGAGCUACCGCGAAGAGGCUCUGGCUUUCACCGCCCUGGUGGACGGAUAUUUCCGGCUCACCGUAGACGCCCAUCACUACCUCUGCACUGAGGUAGCGCCCCCUUCUGUGGUACAGAAUCUGCAAAACGGCUGCCACGGACCCAUCUGCACAGAGUAUGCCAUUCACAAACUGAGGCAGGAGGGCAACGAGGAGGGCUCCUACGUCCUGCGCUGGAGCUGUACAGACUACGACUAUAUUAUCAUGACCGUUGUCUGCAUGGAGCUGGACUUGUGCCAGUCCAGGCCUGUUCCCCAGUACAAGAACUUCCAGAUCGAAGUGGGCUCCCAGGGCUAUAGACUGUUUGGGACAGAAACCUUCAGGACGAAUCUAAAAGAGCUGCUGGAGCACCUGCAGGGUCAGAGCCUUCGCACCGAGAACCUCCGUUUCCAGCUGCGCCGCUGCUGUCCUCCACAGCCCCGAGAGGUUUCCAACCUUUUGGUGAUGACCUCUGACAGAGAGCCCGUCCCUCAGAGACAGCCUCAAGUCAGCCAGCUGAGUUUCCACCGCAUCCUUAAAGAGGAGAUCGUUCAGGGAGAACACCUGGGUCUGGGCACCAGAACCAACAUCUACGCAGGCGUUCUGAAGAUGAAAAGUGAGGAUGAGGAUGGUUUGGGGAGCUACUACGCUUCACAGGAGGUUAAGGUGGUGCUGAAAGUCCUCGGCUCUGGACACAGAGAUAUAUCUCUGGCCUUCUUCGAGACAGCCAGCAUGAUGCGACAGAUCUCGCACAAACACAUCGCCUUGCUUUAUGGAGUGUGUGUGCGUCACCAGGAGAAUAUCAUGGUGGAGGAGUUUGUGCAGUACGGUCCUCUCGAUCUGUUCAUGCGCAGAGAGACCGUUCCUCUUAGCACUCUGUGGAAGUUCCAGGUGGCCAAACAGCUGGCAAGCGCCCUCAGUUAUCUGGAGGAUAAGAAGCUUGUGCAUGGGUACGUUUGUGCUAAAAACAUUCUACUGGCUCGAGAUGGACUUGACAGCGACGGAGGUCCCUUCAUCAAACUCAGUGACCCUGGCAUCCCCAUCACCGUGCUAACACGAGAGGAGUGUGUGGACCGGAUUCCAUGGAUCGCUCCCGAGUGUGUGCAGGAUACAGCCAACCUGAGCGUAGCAGCAGACAAGUGGGGCUUUGGCACGACUCUGUGGGAGAUAUGCUAUAACGGAGAAAUUCCUCUGAAAGACAAGAAACUCACAGAGAAGGAAAGGUUUUACGCAGCUCAGUGUCACUUGGCCACACCGGACUGUGAAGAGCUUGCUAAUCUCAUGACCCACUGCAUGACCUACGACCCCCAUCAAAGACCCUUCUUCAGGGCCAUCGUCCGAGAUAUCGACAUGGUGGAAAAACAGAAUCCCUCGAUUAAGCCUGUACCCACCCUAGAGGUCGACCCCACAGUGUUUGAGAAGAGAUUCCUCAAGAAGAUCAGAGACCUAGGAGAGGGGCAUUUCGGAAAGGUGGAGCUGUGUCGUUAUGACCCGCGCGGAGAUCGGACAGGAGAGUUGGUGGCGGUAAAGUCCCUGAAACCAGAGAGCCGGGAGGAGCAAAGCGGCAACCUGUGGCGUGAGAUUGACAUCCUGAGGGAACUCUACCACGAGAACAUCGUUAAAUACAAAGGCAUCUGCCAGGAGGAGGGUGGCAGAUCCAUCAAACUCAUUAUGGAGUAUUUACCAGCAGGCAGUCUGAAGGAAUAUUUGCCCAGAAACAAAAUACAAACCAAUAUGAAGACCCUGCUGAGCUACGCUGUCCAAAUCUGCCAGGGUAUGGAUUAUCUGGGCUCUCGGAAUUACAUCCACCGAGACCUGGCUGCUCGGAACGUCCUGGUGGAGAACGAGAGCACGGUGAAGAUUGGAGACUUUGGCCUGACUAAAAGCAUUAAAGACAACGAGGGCUACUAUACAGUGAAGGAUGACCUGGACAGCCCAGUAUUUUGGUAUGCUCCAGAAUGCCUGGUUCACUGUAAGUUCUACAGAGCGUCAGAUGUCUGGUCGUUUGGAGUGACCAUGUAUGAGCUCCUAACCUACUGCGACGCUUCAUGCAGCCCCAUGUCGGUCUUCCUCAAGAUGAUUGGACCAACCCAUGGACAGAUGACUGUUACCAGAUUGGUCCGGCUUCUGGAGGAGGGGAAGAGAUUGCCCAAGCCAGAUAUCUGCUCAGACAAGGUGUACACUUUAAUGAAGAGGUGCUGGGAAAGCACACCUGACAAAAGGAUCGACUUCAAAGGCCUCAUCGCUGCUUUUCAGCAACUGCUUGGUGACGGCAUGUAACCAUGGAAACCACGAUCUGCAGUUACACACUCCACCUGCCAGACCAGAGACUGCGCUUAAGGUGUCGCCACGGUGAACUUUUUUUAAACGCAAAGAAGACUUCGGGAGAACAUUUUUUUCCACUUUGUUUUGUCCAGAAGGAGCUUUCACGUGCUGCGUUCUACUGGUUUACUCAAAGACUGCGUGUGUCACCACAAAGUGCGGUCAUGACGAGAAGCGAAAUCAUCAGUCAUCCACAGGGCACCAAGCAGCGCGUAUAUCACUCGCCAUCAGUUUGCAAGACCUAUCUAUCCUGUUAUACCCACACUUCCUGUACUUAUGACAGCGGCCGCGUCAAAUUAUUUCUCUUUUUGUUCCAAACGCAAUUUUAUAUUCCUAAUGUACUUUUAUGCAGUCAGUUGUUUGUUUUUUUUUGUUACACAUUUUCAGCAGUUUGAGUUUGAGCGAUGCGGGAUGUUUGCCGAAGCGUGUCACCGCAUGUCACAUGUACAGCGAGACAAACAGGAGCUACAGGAAGAGAGAGGAGUUUCACCACAUGUAUCACGAGGCUGAUUUGCUUGGGAAGACUGAUCUGGGACACUUGUGCACGAGGACAGGCAUAGGAGUUGGAAGAAAGUUCCUUCUAUUCCACAGAACGUUCGGAAACCUGUUUCAUAGCAUUUUAUUUCUCACGCAGCUCUUUGUCAAUGAUGAAAGACUGAAAAGGAGAAGGCAGUAUUUUUUUUUGCCAUGCAUUGUGCCUACAGUAGGCACUAGAGGACAGUAGAGAUUACAGAAUAUCAUAUUACUAUCUUAAAUCUAGUAAGACAUAUUCUUGCUCAAAUCUUACAUAAAGUCAAGAAGCAUUUUAAGUCUGAGGCUGCAUAUUUUAGCAUUUGUAUCUACAGAAAUUAAAAGUGAAAUUUAUUGGGGCCAGUAUGCAUUGUUAAAAAGCUGUACUCUCAUUAUUCUCCUUGUAAACUAAACUAUUUUCUCAUC